AUGGGCUACGACAUUGGAUGGAUUAUACCGCGCCUGCGGAAUCCAGGAAGGCUAUGGCACUGCGCGAGCUCUAUCACUGUUGCUGUCGUCGGUUUAUUUAGUAAAAUUAUCUUAGAGUUCCUGAACAAGACGACGGUGUACAACCGCGAGGCGCUGGCGGCGGCAGUGCGGCGGCCGCGGGGCCAGCCACUGCUGACCGUGUCCAACCACCACUCGUGCUUCGACGACCCCGGCCUCUGGGGCGUGCUGGACCUGGCGAGCCUGACGCGGCCCGCGCGCAUGCGCUGGUCCCUCGCCGCGCACGACAUCUGCUUCACCAACGCGCUGCACUCCUGCUUCUUCGCACUCGGCAAGUGCGUGCCCGUCGUGCGCGGCGCCGGCGUGCACCAGCCAGCGAUGGACUUCUGCGUGGAGCGGCUGUCCCGCGGCGAGUGGGUGCACAUCUUCCCCGAGGGCCGCGUCAACGUGAACAAGGAGCACAUCCGCUUCAAGUGGGGCGUGGGCCGCCUCGUGGCCGACUGCAGCGCCGCGCCGCUCAUCGUGCCCGUCUGGCACGAGGGCAUGGACGCCGUGCUGCCCAACACCGAGCCCUAUCUGCUCAAGUUCCGGAAGCAGGUGUUCCUCAACGUGGGCGAGCCCAUCCAGAUACACCACCUGCUGGACAAGUUGCGCAGCGCCAACGCCAGCGAGGAGGAGACGCGCGCGGCCAUCACGGCGCGCAUCCAGGACGAGCUGCUGCGCCUGCGCGACGCCACGCGCGCGCUCAUGCGCCGCGCCGCGCCGCUGUCCGCCAGCGGGCCCGCGCCGCAGCCCGAGCGCGACUCCGAGCUCUAG